CAUUAAGUGCUAUUUCAAACAAACAAAUAAAAAAGAAAGUAUAAAUAUUUUCGAUAGCCGCUGCUAUCGGUAGUUUGAUUCUUUUGUUGUUGUUUAAAGAUGUUGCAAUCAAACCACGUCCUCCAAAAGGAGCAGACCGACCUGUUCACCAUCCAAAAGAAACUGGAGAAAGUCCUUCCCGUCAUCCAGGAGGCUCUGAAUUCAUUGAAGGUUGAAGAACUGCAUCUAAAGUCAUUGGAACUGCAGAACACCAUUAUCCCGGCUCGUGAUCCCCUGCACAUUGACCUGGACGGGCCGAUAAUGCAACCGGUCCCGGUCCCAGAGUGUGAGCACAUCAACAACCAGCAGCUGAUGGAUCUUAGCGUGUUCCAGAAGCUGGAGCAGUACGACGAGGAGAUUGACUCGGACUGACUAAAAUCUUUAUUCGUAGCACUCUGGCUAGGUUUCUCUGCCAGAUCACUCAUUUACAUGCAUACGGGGGAACUUAAAUAAUACGUAAUAUUACAAUUAUA